AAUAAUUUGGUCACACUGUUUCCACUACACAUUUGACAAAAUUUCAACAAAAAGGUAUAAAUGCAACAGCAAAAGCAUCGCUAUCGCUUGAAAUAUGAGUCGAAAGGGAACGCGAGAUCAAAAUGACAUAUCGCUGAUCAUUGGGACGCUACCAAAACGUCUUCAAAACAAAAUCGCGGCCAGCUGCAGCCACGCAGCAAAAGCCACAGCAACAACAACAACGGCGGAGGAGACAGAGAACGCUGAAAAUGCGGAGCCAGUUGCUCCAAGGCCAGUUACUAUACUGAGCAAUGCAGCUGCAGGUGCAGGAAGAGCCCAGCCCCAUCCCGUUUUGGUUACCAGCGGGAGCGGAAAAGGGCCGCGGGAAUGCGGAAUUCCGGGCAUCCUGCGGGUGGCCACCUCCGUGGCGGCGUCUGGCGGAAAUGCCAACGGACAAGGACAAGGCAAAUUCUCCGGACACAAUGCCCGUCGCAGGGGUCGCAAUCAUCAUCCCGGCAAGGACAAGGAGCAUGCUCCUCCGCAAUCGCCAGUGACGCGCACCCGCUUGACCACCGAGCAUCCCGACUGGUUUGAGCCGCUUCUAGACCUACCCCAUGCCAAAAACAUUGUUCAAUUGUACGAUCAGCUAAUGGUGCUUCAUCAAAGGAAUCUUAUACUAAUAAACUGGAAGAACUUUUGCUAUAUUCAUGACCAGCUGCAGGAUGCCUUUAAGAAGCUUUUGCUGGAGCAGCUUAAGUUCGUCUGCGAGCACAAGGUGGAUGUCUUCUUUUGGAAACUGCUCUUUUACAAUGUGCGGGAUUACCUUAAGCGACAGCAAACGGAUCAGGCGCAUGACCAUAUUUUGCUGCUAAUUGAACAAGCCACCAAAUUUUACCGCCUGGUCUACGACAAACUGAUGGCCAAAUGUGCGGCUUCGUCGCGCUGCGAGAGUGCCCUUAAAGUGGUUGCCCAGCGGCUGCUCAUCUGUCUGGGCGACCUGUCGCGCUACCGAGUGAAUCAUGUCAAGGCUACGGACUACCUGGAGGCGGCUAGAUACUAUCAACGUGCUCAGGAACUUGUGCCUGGAAAUGGAGCACCUUACAACCAACUGGCAGUCAUUUCCAUUUAUCAUCACAAGCGUUUCGAUGCCGUCUACUACUAUGUACGCAGUUUGCUGACUUCCAACUCGAUACAGACGGCCAAGGAAAGCCUGCUGGAUCUGUUUGAUGAGAUUCGGCGCAAGUACGAGGAAACCGAAAUGAAGCAAUCGCCUAUGCACUAUGCAGCACCGAAAAACCAAAAGUCGAAGCCAAUGCGCAAGGAGGUCUGGAUAUAUCCAGACGGAAUUCGACGACUGCAUCGCACCGAUGACAAGGGUACCAAGACGAAGGGCAACAAGGCCACAUUGGCCGAGGUAAAUCGCUACGAAGAGAUGGCCACGGAAGAGCUGCUGCCGCGCAUCGUGUCCCUUUAUCUGUACCUGAUAGGAAAGCUAUACACAGGCACAGAUGUGGACUCGUUAUAUCCGCUGCUAAGAAAACUGCAGAUCCAAAUGGAAGCCGCCGUCAAGCAUGACAACCUGUUGACACGCUCCAAACUGCUGAAAAUAGUGGCACUGAACCUGUUCGUUGUGGAGCACAACAAGCGUAAGACGUCACGCCGCGAGAUGCGUUAUCACAGCUUCAAUUUUGCCAACUCAUUCUUUGGACUCAUUUUGAAAAAAACAAACCAGUUAAUGGCCGAUUUUGUGGAGGCCUCUACAAACAUCCAGUGUCUUCCAGAAGAAGACUUUACUAGUGUCAACACAUAUCUGCAGUAUGUAAAGGUUUAUGUGCAUUGGCUAAGCAUUAACAUUGAGAUAUGGGAACCGGUCAGAACAGAAGAGCACUCGUUCAUCGAUUGCUGGGCAGAGCUAUCAACCCUUUUUGAGUACAUUGAAUGUGUUUUGGGAAAGCAGAAGUUGGAGAAGAAAGAAAUUAUUUUGGAUGAAGAGUUUGCCCUGAGCGGCUUUAAUCCUUUGGGUCGUGAAACGAUAGGCAAAGAUUGUCUAAAGCGCGGCCCCGAACGAGUUCAGUUCCUGGAACGCUUGCGCAGGAUUUCCCAGUUUCAGGAGUGCUAUGCCCAGCAUCAAGAGUCUCUGCAGCAGUCACUGGAUUCGAGCUUCACCAUUGAGGAUCUCAAUGUAGCCAUGAAGAAUGCUCUGGAAAAUUUCGAUGCCGAAAGUUGUGGUCUAGUGACAAAAGCGCCAAAGAUACAGUGCCAAAUUGUUGAGGAAUCGUUAUGUCCUUCCACCGACGCCGAUGUUUCCCAGCUGUGCAAGUUAAAGAAGGAGCUGGAGGCCAAGGCCAAGGUAAAGCAGAUAUGCACCACCAGACUAGAGGAGAUCCUCAAGUUCGUAGAUACCAAAAUCUACAUUGAGGUUCGUCCGCGCUACCUUCUACCCGAUACCAACUGCUUCAUUGACUGUCUGGAAGACUUUGAGAAACUGUCCAUGGAGUUUAAGCGCUACACUCUCAUCAUACCGCUGACGGUCGUCAAGGAAUUAGAUGGCCUCUCCAAGGGCGUUAAACUGGACUCUUAUAGGAGCUCUAAGCAGACGCAGCGCAUCCACCACUUUGACGAGGUGUCGUCGCGGGCCAAAAAGUCACUUGAAUUCAUCAAGUCGGCUAAGAGUAAUGUGAAGUGUGCUACCACAAAGGGCUCGUUUGUCAAUGCUUCGGUAUUUGCCUUGGUGGAGGAGGAGUAUCUUUCCAACGAUGACAAAAUUCUGGCAACGGCUGUGGCAGUAUCUAAAACAGCUAAAUCCGAACAGUGCACAGAUGGAAAGUGUUUCAUUCAAACGGAACUAGUACUCAUUACCACCGAUCGUAAUUUGAGAGUCAAGGCAUUAAGUCGGAAUUUGGCAGUCAGUGCGUUGGAUGAGUUUCUGCAGUGGGCAAAAGAUUGUCGCGAAUCAACCUGAAAGAUGAUUUAUAUUGAAAGUGGACUAACAAUGUAAAUGGACUUGUCUAUCGACCAGCUGUGCGGUGCGGAGCGAGCCCGAGCUAUUAUAUUACCUACAUUAUACACAAAUGACGACUAUGUAUGUCGGCUUCGGCAGAUUCAGACACAUACGCUGGAUACGCGGAUACGUACACAACGUGGGUUCCUAAAUGGACUGGACACGGGUACACAGGCGUGGAUGAUCUGGUGCUUCCCUCCGCGGUGAUGCCAUUUUAAAGCACAUCACGUUGGCUUCCACUUAUCUAAUUUGUCCUUUCUUACCACUUCAAAUGUACAUUUUGUGACCUUCGAAUUAUUAAAUCACUUUGGAUUGUUCAAA